GCUCUUAAGUUGAACAGUCCAAUCAGUCACGCCAAGCCAACCGCACAGCUCUCUAUCGCUUCUGCUCGCAUUGCUAAUUAUAGCUAAGAUGUGGGAUCAACUACCGCUUAUCCUAUGCUUAACCAUUUCCUGCGUAUGUUUCGCUGAUGCGGAUGUGAAAUGUGAACUACAGCAUAACGGGAACAAUGAGCAAUUUCCAAAAGAAUUCUCAUUUGGCGUAUCAACAGCCGCCUACCAGAUAGAAGGCGCAUGGAACGAGGAUGGAAAGGGCCCCUCUAUUUGGGACAAUUACACCCAUAUGCAUCCGGAAAGGAUUGCCGAUCACUCAAACGGAGACAACGCUGCAGAAUCGUAUCAUCGUUUCGCUCAAGAUUUGGUCGCACUAAAAGAGCUAAAGGUCGGCUUCUACCGUUUUUCUAUUUCAUGGUCCAGGCUACUUCCAAAGGCAGACACUACUGUGAAAAAUCAAAAAGCCAUUGACUACUAUAAUAUGGUGAUCGACAAACUAUUAGAAAACAAUAUUGAGCCGAUGGUAACAAUGUUUCACUAUGACAUGCCGGACGGUUUGAUGAAAUUCGGAGGCUUUACCAACGACAUUGUUAUUAAAUACUUCCGCUUCUAUGCGGAUAUUCUAUUUGAAACUUUUGGUGAUCGCGUCAAGAAGUGGAUUACAUUUAACGAACCUUUCGACUACUGUUUGCCUGGCUAUGGCAGUGCGUAUUUUCCGCCUAUGAUUCAUGCACCUGGUGUAGCAGAUUACAUCUGUAUGGACAAUCUUUUAAAAGCGCAUGCAUCUGCUUACCGCCUUUACAAAGCAAAGUAUUUCCACUCACAACGCGGCAAAGUGGGUAUUACUAUCAGCAGCCGUUUUUAUUACCCAAAAAAUAAUGAUGCAGAAGAAGUUGUGGAUCGAGGGCUGCAAUAUUCGCUAGGUUGGUUGGCGCAUCCCAUUUUUGGCAAAUCGGGAAACUAUCCUUAUAAAGUUAUUGAGGACAUCACGAGCAACAGCAUGAGAGAAGGACUUGCGUGGUCUCGUUUGCGUCCCUUCAACUUCUACUGGUCGAAAAUAAUAAAGGGAUCAGGGGACUUUCUGGGCCUUAAUUAUUACACCUCGCGUUACGUUGAGAUAGCGGAUCCCCCAUUAGGUGAAAAUCCAUCUUGGGAACGUGAUUCACGCCUUAAAUAUUCGGUAGAUAAGAACUGGAAACGUGCCAAAUCUAAUUGGCUUUUUUGUGCACCAAAAGGUUUGGAGGACCUUUUAAAAUGGAUUCGGGAUAACUAUAACAACGUAGAAGUUUACAUUACGGAAAACGGUUGGUCGGAUAAUGGCGAAUUGAAUGACGCAGAUCGAAUUGAUUAUCUUAAGGCACAUUUACAGGCCGUCCUGAAUGCAGUCAACGAUGGGUGUAAAGUUACAUACUACUCGCAUUGGAGUUUAAUCGAUAAUUUUGAGUGGAAUAGGGGUUUUACCGAAAAGUUUGGUCUCUAUUAUGUGAACAUGACAAGCAAGAAUAAAGAACGUGUUGCCAAAAAUUCGGCACAUUAUUACAGGAGUGUCAUUGAAAGUCGGAAAAUAUCAUCAAGUGACAAUUUCGUGUGAAAAGUGGCGCUACAUACAUAUUUAUGUAAUGAACUAAUAAAUUUGAAUACGAGCAUUGAAAGGAA